UCAAACCGACGCUCCUCUCUCUCUCUCUUCUUGUUUCUCAACGCUGCGAGAGACGUGGGAGGGAGAGAUUUUCUCCAUUGCAUCAAGAUUUGCUGGUGAAAAAGCUUCAUUUCUCGUUGUGGGGAGUCUUGGGACGGUGGGAAGCUUGGAGAAAGAGGGUUUUUUGGUUUUUAACACCAAGAAGAUAUAAUGUCGGAUCCUGCAUGGCAGUGGUGUACAAGGGUGAAUCCCAAAGAUAGAUUAAGAGUUAAGUGCAAUUAUUGUAAGCAAAUCAUAUCAGGAGGGAUUUCUCGCUUUAAACACCAUAUAGCUGGUACACACAGCGAUGUGGCUGCUUGCAAUGGCUCCCAAGAGAUCCCAUUGCCAGCGUAUGUAAAGCACUAGUGUCAGCAGCUUCUUGAUGCAGUGAAAGCAAGUAGGAUUGAAAAUGACAUGGAAGAUGCAGAGGAAGGAUAUGGGGACCCACAUGAAGGAGAAGAAAGUGAAGGUGAAGAUGUUCAACUUGAACAAGAAGAUGUUGAUGUCAGUUUGGGAACAACUAAAGGGAAAGGCAUCAUGCAUGGAGGUGGUUCUUCUGCAACUGCAACCAGAAAAAGAAGAGGUGCAAGUAUAAGUUUAGUUUCACGAGGACGUGGCAGAAGUCAGGGUCGUACUGGUGGUGGUAGAGUACCUACUAUGAAGUCGAGCAAUAUGUCUGGUUCGAUCAAGAAUUUUUUUCCCAAUUAUACUGCUGCUGGUGCUCAGCCUGAGAUUCGUAUAGCCAUGCAAUCAAAGGAUAUUAUUGAAGCAGCAGAUGAAACCAUAGGAAGGUGGUUCUAUGAUGCAUCCAUUCCCUUCAAUGCAGCAAACUCUUAUCAUUAUCAGCCUAUAGCAGAUGCGAUUGCUAGUGUAGGGUGAGGGUAUAAAAUGCCCUCUUUUCAUAAAUUGCGAGGUAAAAUUCUCAACAAUAUAGUUAGAGAUGUGAAGACAUAUUGUGAUGAACUAAAAUUGAGUUGGAAAGCUACAGGAUGCAGUGUAAUGGCAGAUGGGUGGACAGACAUCAAGAACAGAACAUUGGUAAACUUCCUUGUAUAUUGCCCUCUUGGUACUAUGUUCUUAAAAUCUGUUGAUUUGUCUGAUACUCCGAAGACUGCUGAUGUGUUGUUUGGGAUUUUUGAUAAAGUUAUAGAAGAAGUUGGGCCUGAAAAUGUCGUACAAUUUAUCACUGAUAAUGCAGCAAAUUAUAAAGCUGCAGGUGAAAUGUUCGCAGCACGAUAUGGGACAUUUUAUUGGAGUCCAUGUGCUGCUCACUGUGUAAAUCUUAUGCUUCAGGAUCUUAGUGAAAGGGAUGAUAUGAAGUUGACGGUUCACAUAUGCCAAGAAAUCACGAAGUUUAUUUACAAUCAUGCUUAUGUCUUGAAUUUGAUGAGGAAAUUCACAAAUGGGGCUGAAUUGAUUCGACCUGCACAAACACGGUUUGCUACAAAUGUUUUGACUGUGCAGGGUAUAGUGAAGCAAAGAUCUUCUCUCAGGCAGAUGUUUUCAAGUGAUGAUUGGGCUGCAUAUCCACAUGCCUAUAAAAGAAAGGCUACGACAGUUGUGGAUACCAUCUUCGAUGUUGACUUUUGGGAAUCAUGUGUGCACUUAUUGAAGAUUUGUGUACCUCUAGUGAAAGUCCUCAAAUUAGUUGAUAGUGAAGAUAGACCUUCUAUUGGAUAUUUAUACGAGUCUAUGGAUAGAGCCAAGGAGGCCAUUAGAGAUAAUAUGAAGGGAAAAAAGAAGUUGUACAUGCCUAUAUGGAAGAUUAUAGAUGAAAGGUGGUCUGGACAACUUCAUCGCCCACUUCAUGCAGCAGCCUACUACCUAAAUCCUGCUAUUAGAUAUCUUCCCACUUUUAAGAAGGACAGAGAGGUCGAGUAUGGCAUGUUGGAUUGCAUUGAUGUAUUAGUAAGUGAUAGUAAAGAACAAGACGCUAUCCAUAUGUCGAUCAACAAAUACGAUACGGCUUCUGGUACCAUGGCGAGAGACACAGCAGUUCGAUGCAGGACAACUAUGCGUCCAGGUAUUAGAAAAAUAAACUUUAUACUUUUUGUUAUUUAGCUUUUAUUCUACCUUCUCAUAUAUUUAUUUCUGACAACAUUUUUACUUUCCAUCUGUUAUUAGAUUUGUGGUGGGAAAGGUUUGGGCCUGAUUGCCCAGAAUGAAGGAAGCUUGCAAUUAGAAUCCUCAGUCAAACAUGUAGUGCAAUUGGAUGUGAAAGAAAUUGGAGUGUAUUUCAGCACAUCCAUAGUAAGAAGAGGAAUAGGCUGGAACAUAAAAGGUUGAAUGACCUUGUUUAUGUUCGUUAUAAUAUGAAGUUGAGACAAAGGUAAACAUUUUUUUUGUUAUACAAGAAUAUCAAAUUCUAAUAUAUAUUUUAAUCUCUAACAAUUUGUUAAUUUUUUCUCUUGUUAGGCAACUAGAAACAACAUCUACGAAGCAUCACAAUCAAUAUGAUCCUAUCUUCAUUGACCAUUUUGAUAUAUUAGAUUCUUGGGUUGAAGAAGAACCAGCUGCAAUACUUGAUGAGGACGAUCUUGAUUUUUUGAAUGUUGAAGGAGCAACAGAGAUUGUUGAAGAAGGAGAGGCUGGGGGGGAGCAAUGGAAUGUUGGUGACAUUCCAUUUGCAACAGAGGGGAUAGAAGAAGAAGUUAAUGAAGAAAAUGAAGAUGAUGAUGAAGAAUGAAGAUGAUGAUGCAAAUGACGAUUGACGAUGCUUUUUGUUUUGAGUUUUGAAAACUAUGUCAAUAUGUUCUGAGUUUUGACUUUUGAACUUAUGAAUUGUGAUGUAAUUGAAUACUCUUAGGUUGUUUAGUAUGUUAUUUUGUUUUUUGAAUGUUUGAUUUCUUAUUUUGGAAUGUCUUGUUCAUAUGCAUAGCUCACAGGUCAUACUUCAUAUACAUGAAUGAUGAAUGUUCCUUUAAAUACAUUUUUCUUGAAUUUUUCUGAUUUUUACUAGUUUUUUUGGAUUUUUUUAGAAUUUUUCUGAUUUUUUUAUCUAUUUUUUAUAAAUUUUUAAUAUUUUUUACAAAUUAAAAAAUUAAUUUUACGAUACGUUACGAUACGGCGUAUAGGUCGGCCCGACCGAUACACGAUACGAUACGGCAGUGAUAACAUUGGUUUUAAGUAAAAGAUGAACAGGUGGCAGGACCCCAGGACUGUAGUGACAUUCACCUCACAGACCAUCAGUCUGCUAGCUCCAAUCUAGGCAACUAAAAUGAUCUACAAAGUGAAGUCAAAUAUUCUUGAAACAGCGCAAGCAAGGAAACGUAAAAUAGGAGUCGAGUAAAAAAAUCCUUCCCCUAAUGAACUUCACUUCUUUUCCCCAUUUGCACAUCUAAAUAAGAGAUUCUUCCAAAUAAACUAUAAUGGUAAUACAUGUAACUGAUUCGACAGACGAUUAGGCAUUAACAUUAAUUUAUCAGAGUUGAAUUUGUGACGGACUAGGUGUUCCUUAUUAUUAGCAACUUGGAAGAAAAAAAUUGACA